UUCAUUCUAUAGGUUUUGUUUACAGCACUCGGGUGAAAAAAUGGCGCCCAAGGGAAAGAAAACCAAUAGCCCUACUAGCGACAGCGACGAGGACGAAACCUUCUAUUACCGGUAUCCCUCCGCCCCCUCUUCUGACCCGUCGCUGCCGUCGUCUUCACAGUCGCACUUCUCAUCGCAAUCGCACUCAUCGCACACUCACACUCACACUCUUCCACUAAGUCUGGCGGUGGUUCUGGAGAUCGCUCGUGUUACGGUGUUGAAAGAUCGACAGACUCGCAAGUCUCGCGGCGUUGCCUUCGUCCAGUUUAUUUCUCAGGACGACGCGGUGAAGGCCGCGAAACAGAUGCACGGGAAGAUUUUGAAUGGCCGUGUUCUUAAGGCUGCUAUAGCGACUGAUAAUGGUCGUGCCGCUGAGUUUAUAAGGAAGAGGGUUUAUAAGGAUAAGAGUAGGUGCUACGAGUGCGGCGCAAUUGAUGGGCAUUUGUCUUAUGAAUGCCCUAAAAAUCAAUUGGGGCCAAGGGAGCGACCAGAACCGAAGCGGGUAAGAAGGGGUGGAGUUGGUGCUAGGCACGAGGAGGAUUGGGGAUCGGAUGUUGGAGAAGGGUUUGAGGAUGACAAUUGGGCCUCGGUGGUGGACGGAGAUGCAGACCAGAGACUCCUGACUGGCGGUGAGAACAUUGUAGAGAAGAAAAAAGAGAAGAAAGCAAGUUAUUUCAGUGACGAGAGCGACGAAGAUGAUUAACUGAGCCUGUCUCUUUGGGAAGAGUUUGUAAAAGGCUACAUUAAGAUAUAUCAAGGUUGGAGACCAAAGUUGAGAGGCUAAAGUCGGUAGUACAAGUUAAAGAUAGGGAGAUUGCAACAGUUACAC